AUCACGUGAUGCCCUCUCCUCCAGACUGCAUGCAGUUUGGUAUUAAAAUGUUUCCAGUACAACCAACCAUUGGGUUGUAACACAUUUGAUAUGAUAGAUAAACGUUGAGCAUUUUUAACGAAUAACAACAUCACAUUAAUAACCGGGACUGACGGCGGUCACGGCGUACAACGUUGCAGCUGUUUGUUUGAGGUUGUAUCCAUAAAGUGCAGCGCUACUGAAGGCAGAACAAGCUAGCUAACGUUAGUCAGGUCGGACGGCGACGAGGCCCCAACCGGACGGGAACACGGGGGAACCAUGGCCAACAUCGCAGUUCAGAGGAUAAAACGGGAAUUCAAGGAGGUGCUCAAAAGUGAAGAGACGAGCAAAAAUCAGAUAAAGGUGGAUCUGGUGGAUGAGAACUUCACAGAACUUAAAGGAGAGAUAGCAGGGCCACCUGACACACCAUAUGAAGGGGGUAGAUAUCAACUAGAAAUUAAAAUUCCAGAGACGUAUCCAUUCAAUCCACCCAAGGUGCGGUUUAUCACGAAGAUCUGGCAUCCCAACAUCAGCUCAGUCACAGGUGCAAUAUGUCUGGACAUUCUCAAAGACCAGUGGGCAGCAGCUAUGACAUUGAGGACAGUCCUCCUGUCACUACAAGCCUUAUUGGCAGCCGCAGAACCAGAUGAUCCACAGGAUGCCGUGGUAGCCAAUCAGUACAAGCAGAACCCAGAGAUGUUUAAACAGACAGCGAGGCUCUGGUCUCAUGUCUAUGCAGGCGCUCCCGUCUCCAGUCCGGAGUACACACGCAAAAUAGACAAACUCUGUGCCAUGGGCUUUGAAAAAAAUGCAGUAAUAGUGGCGUUGUCGUCAAAAUCCUGGGACGUGGAAACAGCGACGGAGCUACUGCUCAGUAACUGAUUCUUUACACCCUCUCCAUCUUCCUCUUGAUCUUUACCCCUGCCCCUCUCUCCUUCUCACACAUAAACACCCUCUCUCCUCCAAAUUCCCACUGUCUCAAGGCGUCUUUUCCCCUGUUUCGCUCUCUGUUCACUGUGGAUUCCGCACCUUCACUCUUCCCCUCUUCUCCAUACAUCCCUUUAUCCCCUCUGUGUGGCAUCUCUCUUUCCGGCUCAUCACCUCUGCUGUACCAGCCUUCAAUCAGUCGCUCUGUGAGCUCUCAUCUCUGAUUUCUUUAAGUUCAUUCUGCAUUCCACUCAGUGCUACAAUCAAAAGUUCAGCCACAUCUUCACCCCCUUUAAAGCAAAUGCUAGACUGAAGACCCCGCCCACGCCUGCCACUCUCCCAGCUUUUCUGGCUGGAUCCAAGAGGCGGCUGUCAGCGGCUUAUCCUUGCCUAUGCAGUGCAUUUACUUUCAUCUGUGAAAACAUUUUUUUUAUAGGAGCAGGUCAAGCCAUUUAAAUAGGCUCUUUUGGUCUUGGUCAUUUUUAUACACUCAUGGGCCAGUUUUCUCAACAGGGAUCAAGUCAGAGACUAACACAUUUUAAUCGGUAUCUAUUUUGUAAUUUCUUUGCACCGUGUCCAACAUCCCUUUCCUUACUCCUCUCACUCUUACACAAUGACCAGUUUGGGGGUACUCUAUGAUUGGAUAGGGUACUCUAUAUUUAGUGGUAUAUUAAAAUGUUGGGACCCUUCUGAAUCAUUUAUCAUAUGCCGUCACUGGAAGGUUUUCAGGGCACUACAACAUUUAACCUUAUCAUAUGGACCAUUGAAGAAAAUUAUGGCAAUGUACAUCUGGUGCACCGGGUACCAAACAUUAUGCAGACAUCGUAUAGAACGAGGCUUAUUCCCUGUUCUGGAAAACAGCUCCUAUAGUGUCACUGAGGUGUUCACACAGUAGCCAUACUUAUUUUCAUGCCACGAUUCCCCCCCCCCCCCCCCCCCCCCCCCCCCCCCCCCGCAACUGUCUGAAUCCAAACCUCCUGCAGCCUCUUAUCCUCACACCUGUUCUUGACAUUGCUUACUUCACCUGUCCCUUUUCUUACAUUUUUUUAAAAGUUUUAUUUUAUUUUGGCAUCCUGCAGGUAUACAUUUGGAAUCUUGUUUUUAAACUGAAAGAAAACAACAAGACAUGUUGAGCAGUAACACAACCUGUCACAAGUCUGGAUGGAAAUAUUCAAUGGAAAUAUUCAAUAUGAGUUUGAAAAAUAUUACAUAAUCUUAACUACGCCAACAGAAGAAAAAAAAAAUGUCAACAUGAUUCAUCUGUAAAUAAAGAUAUUAAAGUCUGUGUAAA